GUGCGACUUAGCGCUUUCGUCUUCCCUGUAGACACGUGGUAAAUUAACAUCAUCGUAGAGGGUCCAUGUGCAGCCUAGGAAGUAGAAUUGUCCAGUUUCGGCCGUGACACAGGCAGUGUUUACUGGUAGCUCAGAAUGGACGCCCUGGAAUCUGAGAAUUUUCGCGGCGGACGCAAUAAGAGUGAUAUCGGGGAUGGAGCUGACAUGGGAGAAGAUCCAGAAAAUGGAUUCACUCUUGAGGAGGUUUUGCGUUUAGGGGGAACUAAGCAAGAUUUUAUCAUGCUAGCUGGCGUGGAUGAAGGAGAAGAAAUCAUAGAUGGCGAUAAGAAAGGAGAAAUAGAUGAUCUUGAAGAGGGAGAACUGCAAGCAUUUGUAGAAAAGCUGGGUAUAAAGAAAUUGUCAGCUGAUUGUAUUGGUCAAGAAAUUAGUGCAAAGCAGAAGGAGAAAAUACAGGAUGAAGGUAUAAAGAAAUUGUCAGCUGAUUGUAUUAGUCAAGAAAACAGUGCAAAGCAGAAGGAGAAAAUACAGCCUGAAACCAGUAACGUAAAUAAAAGUAAGAAAACAAUAGUUGCUACAGAUAAUCAUAAAGAUUUGAAGAAAAAGAAAGCAAAUGUGGUACAGCAAAAUUAUGCAGAUAGUUCAAAGGCAACUUCAAAAAUAAAAGGAAAAGCAGUGUUUGAAUUUACUGAACGAACAAUAUUAUUAAUCAAACCUGGUGGAAAAUGGUUUGAUCACGAAUAUACCAAUAACUUCACUAUGCAGCCUCAAAAUGAGGACGAUGUUAGCAAAUAUAAAAGCUUAGCAGAAAAACUGUAUGAAAAUGAGAGAAAUUUGUAUAAAAACAAAAAGGAAUUGCAAAAAGGAGCAAAUUCUUCAUGGAUGAAAACUGUUGUUUCAACUGGGACAUUGGGAGAUAGGAUGGCAGCCAUGACAGUCCUUAUUCAGGAUGCACCCGUACAUACACUGCAAUUUGUUGAGAACUUGGUAAGCUUGGUUAGGAAAAAAGGUAGCAAACAGCAGAACCUUAUGGCCCUUGAUACAAUUAAGGAUCUUCUACUAUCUGAUCUUUUACCAGAAAACCGUAAACUUCACACAUUUCUACAGCACCCAUUUGACAAACUGGAAGAAGCCUGUAGUGGCAACAGGGAUGCAAGAGAUCGACACCUCAUAUUAUGGUUUUUUGAGGAACAGCUUAAAAAGCAAGUUGCAGAAUUUGUCAAAGUGCUGGGAACCUUGUCUCAUGAUAAUUUGGAUGCCACUAAGGCCAAAUCUUUGAAUGUAGCCCAUGAACUUCUCUGUAAUAAACCUGAAGAAGAAAAAUCUCUCUUAGUGCUGAUUGUCAACAAACUGGGUGAUCCUCAGUACAAGAUUGCUACUAAGGCAUCAUACCUACUUGAGACAUUGCUCAGUAAGCAUCCUAAUAUGAAAACAGUAGUGUGCCUAGAAAUUGAGAGGUUGUUGUUUCGCCCAAAUAUCAGUGAAAAAGCACAGUACUAUGGAGUUUGUUUCUUAAACCAGAUCAUUUUCUCUCAUGAAGAAUCAGACCUGGCCAAUCAACUAAUCACUGUAUAUUUUUGCUUUUUCCGUGCAUGUGUCAAGAAGAAGGACCUGGAUUCUAAAAUCUUACGAGCUUUAUUGACAGGAGUAAAUAGAGCUUAUCCUUAUGCGCAGAUAGGAAAUGAAAAGGUCAGAGAGCAGCUUGAUACCCUUUUUAAAAUAUUGCACGUUGUUAAUUUUAACACAGCAGUACAGGUCCUCAUGCUGCUUUUUCAAGUAAUGGACUCUCAACAGACUGUGUCAAACCGAUACUAUGGAGCACUAUAUAGAAAACUACUGGAUCCUGGUCUCUCACAGGCCUCCAAGCAAGCAAUGUUUCUAAACCUUAUUUACAAGUCUAUGAAAGCUGAUGUAGUACUAAGACGUGUAAAGGCAUUUGUGAAAAGAUUACUGCAAGUUUCAUGUUGUCAGAAGCCAUCAUUUAUUUGUGGUACCUUGUUUCUCGUAUCAGAGGUUAUAAGAAUGAAGCCAGGUCUGAAAAUUCUGCUACAAGAAAAUGGGGAAAAUGAUGAUGAAGAGUGUUUUCAUGACCUUUCUGAUGAUGACGAUGAUGCUUGCAGUGAUGGGCAGGAAAAAACAAAGAGUACCACUGAUGGGAAAAUAUCAGAAAAUAAAUCUACCUCCGCUUCUUGGGUGCAUCAGGAAACACUUUGGGGUAUAAAGAAUUCCAGUAAUUAUGACCCCUUUAAUAGAAACCCUUUAUUUUGUGGAGCUGAUAACACAAGCCUUUGGGAGCUAAAAAAGCUCUCUGAACACUUUCAUCCAUCUGUUGCACUUUUUGCAAAAAACAUUUUAGAGGGUAAUCCUAUCCAAUAUGCAGGGGACCCACUUCAAGAUUUCACAUUGAUUAGAUUUCUUGAUCGUUUUGUAUAUCGGAAUCCAAAAGCACCAAAAGUUACAGAAAACAACAGAGGUUAUUUAAUGCACCGAAGGAAGAAGCAUUAUAUGAAUGAGGAGAAGCUUCCAGUUAACAGCCCUGUAUUCCUGGAAAAGAAAGAAACUGACAUUCCUGUGCACGAAGUAUUCUUUCACCGAUACUUCACAAAGUUGUCUAAAGAUAGAAAGAAGAUUAAACGAAGUGAAGAUGAAGAGAGCUUAGAAGAUGUCGAUGAUGAGGAGUUUGACAAAAUUAUAGACUCAUUUGAAGGAGACAGUUUUUAUAGUGGACCCACUGAUGAUAUUGAUUUCGCUGGAAACUUAAAAGCAGAUGGUAAAACAGGGAAGAAAAGAUCAGAUGCUGAUGACUCCGAUGAUUCCGAUUGGGAUAUCGAUGGAGAAGAUGACGACGAAGAAAUUUCCUUGGGUAGUAUGUGUGAAGAGGACUUUGAAAACAAUAAUGAUGAUGAUGGUGAUGAAAAUGGAGGCAUUUUUAUGGAAACCGAAAAUGAUGAAAUCCCAGGAAAAAAGACAGGAAAGAAGAAAUCUUUAAAACAAAAGGACACAUUUGCUUCUGCAGAGGAGUUUGGAGAUAUUCUUGAUGAAAACACAGGAUCAAAAUUUGACAAUAUAGGAUUAAAUGCUAUGGCAAAUAGAGAUAAUGCAAGUACUAAGCAGCUCAAGUGGGAAGCAGAACGAGACAACUGGGUACACAAUAAGGAUAUUAAAAAUAUUCUCAAAAGAAAAAGGAAAUUCAGUAAACAAAAGCUGCAUAAAAAAGUUAAAAAAUAAACAUCAGUUUAAAUGGUUUAUUUUUUGCAUCAGAUUGUAUUUUCGCCUGCUCGUCAUAACUAUUGACUGGUCUUUGGUUUUACUUGUAAAACAAUUCCAGUGAACCAAUAAAAAUGCUCAAAAUAUUUUUCA